CCAAAGUACUGGGGUUUGGGGAGCUGCCUGGACAAGUUUGGAUGCGGGACAUUGCGUAUGAGCUGGUGUCUGCCGGGCCGACUCGCCUGACUAGCUCACAAGCUCGAGGCGAUUGAUUGACUGGAUGUCAGCCUCAGCGGUCCUCAGGGCCUCCUGCAUUUAAGUCCCAGCGGGGGGCAGGCAACUGGAGGGUCGGUGAGGACUGAGCAGCUCGGGCAGGGUUUGGAAGAGGCCGGGGUCCGCGGCAAUUUUCCCGAGUAGCGGCUCUACUCUGGCGGUUCCUGCGCUCCCCAGAGGGUGACUGCAUGAAGAAUAGCGGGCGCCAACUCCCAGGGAGGAGGCAGCUCUGAAUGUCGUGGCCAUGGGCCUGGGAAGGGACAUGUAGACAGCAAGCCCAGCUGAGCCGCGGUCCUGUCGGAGGAACGCGAGCUGCAGCCUCAGGGAGGAGAAACAGGAUUCCGGCUCCUGCAGCACAGAAGAUGACUCAAAACCGGCCUUUACUUGCGGUGCAGGAGGCCCUGAGGAAGUGCUUCCCCGUGGUGGAGGCGCAGGAGGGCCUGUGGCAGAGCACUCUGCGUGACUGCCAGCCCCUCCUGACCUCCCUCAGCAACCUGGCAGAACAGCUGCAGGCCUCACAGAACCUGCGGUUUGAGGAUGUGCCGGCUCUUCGGGCCUUCCCCGACUUAAAGGAGCGACUGAGGCGCAAGCAGCUGGCAGCUGGUGACAUUGUGCUGGACAAGCUAGCCGAGAAGCUAGCCACCCUCCUCAAGGUGCGUGACACGGUCAGCAGCCAUGUGGAGCGAGUGUUUCAGACCUAUGAGCAGCAUGCAGAUGUGGUUGGCAUUGAUGCUGUCCUGCAGCCUUCAGCUGUGAGCCCCUCUGUAGCGGACAUGUUGGAGUGGUUGCAAGACAUUGAGAGACAUUAUCGAAAUUCAUAUCCUUUGAAGGUAUCUGAAAAGAAAAUCUCUCCUCUCCUCAAUCCAGUGGGGAGACUUAGCAAACAUUCAAGCUUUGCCCAAGGCAUGGGACCGAAUUUUAAAAGAUGAACAGCAAGACCUUGUACAAGGUAUCCUGUUGAAUGUUUCCUUUUUCCUGGAAGAGUAAGGAAACUAUGUAUUUCUGGAGACCAGGGCCACCACAGUGGAAGACCGGCAUUGCUGUGUUCUCUUCUAAAGAAAUGUCAAGUGUAUGCUCGGCGUCCGAAGCACAGUGGUUACAGUGCCAGCCACAUGCACUAAGGCUGGCAGGUUUGAACCCAGCCCAGGCCUGCUAAACGACGACAGCUGCAACAAAAAAUAGUCAGGUGUUGUGGCGAGCACCUGUAGUCUCAGCUGCUUGGGAGGCUGAGGCAAGAGAAUCACUUAAGCCCAAGAGUUUGAAGUUGCUGUGAGUUGUGACACUACGGCACUCUACUGAGAAUGACAUAGUGAGACUGUUUCAAAAACAAAAAAGAAAUGUCAGUGUUUCAACCUGAUAUAUUUGAAAUAUCAAGCCUAGAAACUAAGGAUUGGGUCUCAGGAGGAUUGGUGCUCGAUGUCUCCAGCAUUAGAGUUUCUCCAUCCCAGGCCCCGAGAGUACAUGGACCACCUUUUGCCCUUUUCUGAGGCUCAAGAAAGUGGGUGGAAGCAGAGAGAAAGUAGGAAAGGUGAUGGUGAAGAAUAUGAUGCCACAGUGUCCUAUGAUGGACCAAAAGUGGUAUGGAAGGAAAGAAUGAGAAAUAAAGAGUGACACUGCCAUCAGUGUUAUUCAGAGCACCGAGUAUGGCUGACGCCAGGUCCUUGUUUUGGUAUUUGUGACAAUUCCUGAAUCCUUGAUGAAAGAGAAAGUGAUUUUGAUGAUUUAAACAAACCAGGAUGAUAGUGAUGGAAAAUAAAACAAUUCUGGUCAAUUGAAUAGCUGCUAUCACUGAGCCAAGUUCAGUUUCCAGAUCCUGCCACCAGGGGGAGGUGGUACAGCAUGAAUUGUGCAUGUGUUGUCUCUGUAGACAAGUGUUACUGGCAGUAGUGAGACUCCUAAAAUGACAGAUAUUUUUGGCCCAAUCUGGUAUCUGACUUGGCGCAUUCCUGUGAGUGUGGCAUAGCUGCGCAGGUGGGAGAAUACCAGCCCUGAGUUAGACAAUCAGGGUUACAUUUCUGAGCUCAGCACCUUCAUCUGUGCAAUGUUAUUUUCAGAACUUUCAGCUUCCAAGGGUAUUGUAGAAAUCUCAAUCUUUGAAUAGAAGGGGCUUAAUAAGGAGUAGUUUGGGGUUUUGUUUUUUUUUGUUUUUGCAAAGCUAGAAAUAUGUAUUUGUAGAGUACCAAGUCGAAUUCUAAAGCCCAACUUAGUACACAAUACAGAUGAACUUUGGGUUGACAGAAAAAUGGGUAGAUAUGAAAUUUAAUUAAAUUUAGUGCCAGACCCAGUCAGUGACUGUGGGGAAGGAGUCUCACUUGCAGGCCAGUGUGACUGUGUCCCCCUCAUUGGCAUGCUCUGACUUCUUCACAGCCUUAAUACUGGGGGGGCCCUCUCAGUGGACUGUUGGCCCUGCCCGCAGACUCAGGGAGGAAGACACAUGAGUACUCUUCUGAGCGGUCAUUGCCGUCUACGUAGUACUCCAUCUUCAGGCCGGUCUGUGAGUCCUCCUUCACAGCCUGGCCAGCCUUCACCCAGCGGGGCCCAGUGAUCUCUGUGGUGCUCUCCUUCAAGGCACAGGUGAGGUGUGUCUUGGGGCCCAUCUGAUCUAUAAAAAUGGAGACUGUACUGGCAGCCCCGGCGGCGCCUUGGACACCCAGCAGCACAAAUGCAGCCUCCAUGUCACCUGUCUGUGCCGACCCCACCAAACCAACUUUUGUUUUUUUGAGAUAGUCUUGCUCUGUUGCCUGGGCUAGAGUGCCAUGGCAUCAGCCUUGCUCAUAGCAACCUCUCACUCCUGAGCUCUGGCAAUCUUCCUGCUUUAGUCUCCUGAGUAGCUGGGACUCCUACAGGCACCUAACAUAAUGCCUGGCUAAUUUUUUUAUUUUUAGUAGAGAUAGGGUCUUGCUCUUGCUCAGGUUGGGCUUGAACUCCUAAGCUUCAGAGAUCCUCCCACCUUGGCCUCCCAGAGGACUAAGAUUACAGGCAUGAACCACUGUGUUUGACUUAAGAGUAGAUAUUUUUCAAAAUGAAUAUAACUUUUUUGCUUUUUAUGAAAGUGAUACAAUUUUAUAAAAAGCAUAGGAAAACUAGAAAAAAUGUAAAAUGUAGAAAACUAUAAAACUCCCAUUAGAUAUUUUGAUAUAUAUUUCAGUGUCUAUUCACAAUUUUUUUAAAGAACUAGUGUUUUGAUACAUACUGCUAAUUUUUUUAACUUAAUAUAGCUGCCUAUCUUUUCAUAUUGUAAAUAUAGCUCAACAUAAUUAUAUACAUUAUAUAUUUAUAAAUGUGUUUUAUCUUAACCUUUUACAUGUGUUUUUCUAAAUCGUCAUGUUCUGACUAGAAAGUUAAUACAUUCUGAUUUUGGAAAACAAAAUUAUUACAUAAAAUUGUACCAAAUUUACCAGGUAACUACUUAACAGUGUGACAAUAUUUUUCCAGGAAUUAAAAAAAAAAAUUUAUCUUGAAUACAUAAAUAUUUUAAGUAGAACUUAAAAGAUAUUUGAGUAUUGAGUCUUAUAAGGGGCUCUGGGGACAGAGAUGAUAGACCUAGAAAGGCUUACAGUCAACCAGGGAAAGAUUUAAACCUGUUUCUAAAAUUUUAAUGUGCAUGUGAAUCACUGAUACCUUGUUAAAAUUUAUUUCUUUUUUAUUUAAGAGACAGGGUCUUGCUCUGUCAUGGAGUGAAUGGACAGUCAUAGCUUGCUGCAGCCUUGACUGCCUAUGCUCAAGUGAUCCUCCCAUCUCCACUUCCCAAGUAACUGGGAAUACAGGUGUGCACUGCCAUGCCUGCCCAAUUUUUCUAUUUUUUGUAGAGAAAGGGUCUCACUGUGUUGCCCAGGCUUGUCUUGAACUCUUGGGCUGAAGUGAUCCUCCUACUUCAGCCUCCCAAAGUGCUAGGAUUAUAGGUAUAAACUACCACGCCCAGCCUUAAAAUUUAAAUUCUGGUCUGUAAGUCUGGGUUGGGGUCUGAGGUUCCAUAUCCCAAGAAAUGUUGAUGCUUAUCAUCCAAGGACUAGACUUUGAGUUGUACAGAUUAUUUAUUUAUUUAUUUUGAGACAGAGUCUCACUUUGUCACCAUCUGUAGAGUACGGUGGUAUCAUAGCUCACAUCAACCUCAAACUCAAGUGAUUCUCUUGCCUCAGCCUCCUGAGUAGCUGGGACUAUGGGCACCUGCCACAACGCCUGGGUAUUUUUAGAGUCAGGAGUCUUGCUCUGGCUCAGGGUGGUCUCGAACCAGUAAGCUUAGGCAAUCUAUCCGCCUCAGCCUCCCAGAGUGCUAGGAUUACAGGAGCAAGCCACCACUGCACAGGGCCCAUCUGGCUAUUUUUAGAGGCAGGUCUUGCUCUUGUACAGAUUUAAACUGUAACACUAUAAUGUAAUAAUAAAAUUGUUACAGUUGAAGUGAAAACAGAGUACUAUGGGAGAACAGAGGUGAUAACUAAUUGUGGGACAGUGACAUCUGAGGUAGUCCUCGAGGGCAGUUUUACUUGGGGCUAGGAGAGGGGUGUGGGGUAUUCCAUGCGCAGGGACAUGAGCAAAGGCGGUGUUUCACAUAGAAGGGAAGCUAACAGCACAGGUUUACUGUGUGCCGGGCAUUGUGCUUCUUGGUGUUACCCCCUAGAACGGCAAAUAUUAAUAGUUUAGUAUAAAAAGGAAGGAAGGAAGAAAUGAAAGAAAAACCAAAUAGCUCUGUAUAGCAAGUAACAAGAGUUCAUAGACGGAUGGAAGUGGAAGAAUGGCAAGAAAUGGGCCUAUAAGCAGGGAUUGGAAUCAAAUUGUGAAGAGCCCUAAAUCCUAGUUCAAGUGUAUUUUGUUCUACACAUGGGAGUUGUGUGUGUCUAUGUAAUAAAGAACAGUUUAAACUUCCCUCCCUGAAACUAAAUAUAGACUAAUUAGAACCAAAUAUGUUUAUGGUGCUUAGUAAUAACUGUAUGUUACUUAAGUAUAAUUUUUUUUUUUUGAGACAUAGUCUCUCUAUAUCACUCUUGGUAGAGUGCCAUGACAUCACAGCUCACAGCAACCUCAAACUCUUAGGCUUAAGCUAUUCUAUUGCCUCAGCCUCCGAGUAGCUGGGACUACAGGUGCCCGCCACAAUGCCUGGCUAUUUUUUGUUACAGUUGUCAUUGUUGUUUAGCUUGCCCAGGCUGGGUUUGAACCCACCAGCCUGGGUGUAUGUGGCUGACACCCUACCCACUGAGCUACAGGCACUGCCUAUAAUUUUUUUCUUUUUUGAGACAGAGUCUUAAGCUGUCGCCCUGGGUAGCGUGCUGUGCAUCAGCUCACAGCAACCUCCAACUCUUGGGCUCAAGGGAUCUUCUUGCCUCAGUUUUUCUAUUUUUUUUUUUUUUUUUUUUUUUAGUAGAGACAGAUCUUGCUUUUCCUCAGGCUGGUCUCAAACUCCUGAAUUCAAGCAAUCCACCCACUUUGGUCUCCACGGUGUGAGCCACCAUUAGAGGCAUGAGCCACCAUUGCAGAUGUGAGCCACCUCACCUGGCCAAAUAAUUUAGUGUAUAAUUGUUUUCAUUUUGUUUCCUCUUAGCUUUUUGUCUGUUAAAGUGCCAUCCUUUUAAAAUUUAAAAUAAAUUUGAUUAAGUCAUGUAUCCACAUUGUAAAAAAGAUACACAAAAGCAUAUUUAGGCUAGGCAUGGUGAUUCAUGCCUGUAAUCCUAGCACUCUGGGAGGCUGAAAUGGGAGGAUUACUUGUGGCCAAGAUCUGGAGACCAGACUGAAAAAGAGAGGUGAGACUUUGUCUCUAUGAAAAAUAGAAAAAUUAUCUGGCACUGUGGUGGGCAUCUCCCAGCUGCUUGGGAGCUGAGGCAGGAGAAUUGCUUGACCUAGGAGUUCAAAGUGGCAGUGAGUUAUGAUGAGGCCACUGCAUUCUAGGAAGCAGAUUAAGACUAUGUCUCAAAAACAAAAAACAAAAAAAACAUUUAGUGAAAAAUUCCUUCAUAGUUAACCAGUUCCCUUCACUGGCAGCAACCAAUAUUAAAUAUUUCUAGUGUAUUCUUCCAGAAAUACUUGCUUAUGUAAAUGUGAUGGUGGGUAUCCUCUAAGACAUCCCCCAGAGGUCUCACCUUUAGUUUUCCUGUCUUUGUGUAUGCCCUUACCCUUCAGUAUGGACUGAAUUUAUAGAUUUGCUUCUAAUGAGAAGAAUACUGCACAAGUGGUAGGAUAUCAUGUCUGAAACUAAGUUAUGAAGACAGACCGCUGUUUCCAUCUUUGGCGCUCUCUCUCACUCUGGGAUCACCCCCUUGGAGGAAGUUACCUGCAACCCUGAGGUGGCCCUGUGAGGAGACUAAUGCCUGCCAACCACAUGAGUGAGCUUGGAAGCAGAUCCUCCCUCCCCCAGAUGAGCCUUCAGAUGGGUCCACAGUCCCAGCUACCAGUUUGCUUAAAACCCCAUGAAACUGCGCCAAAGACAAUCAGCUAAGAUGUGCUCAGAUUACUGACCCAUGUAAACUGACACAAUAAAUGCUUUAAGUCACUAA